AUGUUUAGAAAAUAUGAAGGUUCCAUGAACUUCUUUCUUGUUGAUGCUAGCAUCCACAGAAGAUGUGUACUCAUGAGCAACGUGCAAAUGUUUGCAGAGGAAUUGAAAUUGGUGGAGUCAAAGGUCAGUUAUCCAAGCGGUGCAAAGGUAGAGCUGGGCAAAGAAAUCACUCCAAUUGAGGUGAAGGACGAACCUACAGUUACUUGGGAAGCAGAUAAUGAUGCUCUAUAUACUUUGAUAAUGGUCGAUCCAGACGCACCAUCGCGUGCUGAGCCCACAUUCCGUGAAAUUCUUCAUUGGCUUGUAGUUAAUAUUCCAGGAAAUAAAGUAACGCAAGGUGAAACUAUUGCUGCUUAUAUAGGCUCUACACCUCCACAGGGAACUGGACUGCAUCGCUACAUUUUUCUGGUCUUUAAGCAGGCGGGAAAGAUUGAUGCUACGAACAUUACUCCAAAGAUUACAAUACGCGAAAGCCGCCGCAACGCAAAUACUAGGCAAUUCAUGGCCAAAUACAAUUUAGGGGAACCAAUCGCUGGAAAUUUCUAUCAGGCACAAUACGAUGACUACGUAGAUAUAUUAAGAGCGAGGCAAAUAAAGCAUAAUUUUUUUUCUGUGAAAUAAAUACAUGUGUAGAAUAAUUAAAAAGGCUGUAAAAUUAAUUCG